AUGUCCUACACCGGACUGCCCUGUACCAUCUUCACCACACUCCAAUCCAAUCAAUUCUCGCUUUCGAAAGCACCUACAACAUUCAAAAUGGUUGUCAGAGAGAUCACUCCCGCCUCCAACAUGGGCCGCGGUGCCUACGACACGACUGGAGUGCCCAAGCCUCCUCCUCGCCCCAAGCCUCGAUAA